CACAACUCAGCGUGUCCGGCUCAGUCAGUGUAUUGUUGAAAACGGGAGGGUCGGGCUACAUUCCGCAGAAGUUGCAGAAGUAGUGCCAUCAUUGAGGAACUUGGCCGCAAAGUUUCGUUGGGAUUGAUUCGUUUUAUGAGAGCUGAAGGGGCGAGCGAAUGGAGAAGCACAAAGUGCUGGACCAGCUCCUGAUGGAGCUCCACCGCUUCUUGGUCAUCUUGGACAAGGAGACGCUGAGUGGGAACGCCACCGUCCAGAAGGGUUUGCUGUCUGAUCUCCUCCAGUCCUACAGGGCUUCGACUGGUGCUGAUGAGGAGUAUAUCUACAUGAACAAAGUUGUUCCUGGAAAAGAAAAAAAUGGUAAAGAUGACAGAUUAGAUGCCCUGCUCAAUGGAAAAGCAGCAAAACGUGUCCCCGUCCCACAAAAGAACCUUCCCGACCUGCCACCCCCCAGAACAGGUGUGGUGUGUCGGGAGCCGUUCCCUUUGCCUCCAGUACCAGCUCCAGCCUGUGCAGACGCUUCAGAGAGUUACUAUGAAGAGGCUCAACCCUAUGAGGAAACUGUCAAUGAUCUGGACUGUUUUGGCCAUCGCUCAGGGCCCUGGAUACGAGAGUACAGCUCUGACAGUGUGGUCUAUGCUGUUAUCACCAGGGAUGAUGGAGAGGCGGUAAGCAGCUCAUACGAGUCCUACGAUGAGGAGGAAGUGACCAGAGAGAAGUCGUCAUCAGCUCAGCACCAGUGGCCAUCAGCAGAGGCGUCUAUUGAGCUGAUGAAAGAUGCUCACAUCUGUGCUUUCCUGUGGAGGAAGAAAUGGCUUGGCCAGUGGGCCAAACAGCUUUGCGUUAUCAAAGACCAUCGUCUGCUGUGCUAUAAAAGCUCCAAGGAGCAGACACCUCUGCUGGAUGUGAGUCUGCUGGGCUGCAGUGUUGUUUACAAAGAGAAGCAGUUAAAGAGGAAAGAGCACAGGCUGAAGAUUAUUCCAGUGGGUGGGGAGACCAUUGUCCUGGGCUUGCAGAGCAAAGAACAGACUGAGCAGUGGCUGAAGGUUAUUCAAGAGAUCAGUCCCAAGCCAGCUGAUAGCUGUGACCCCCAACACACUGUGUCUGACUCCCCGAGGCUUAUUUGUACUAAGGGAGAGCUGAGUGAGAGAUACUCUGUGGCUUCAGAGAGCGGCAGCAGCACAGACAGCCAUGCUGAAACGCCAGAAAGCAAAGAUGUGAAGAAAAAAUAUGGCGCAGGUUUAAUGUUCAGCAACCUGAUGAACAUCGGCAAGAAAAAACCCUCCGCACUCGAGAGCCCAGAGAAAUGUGUCGACACCUCAGGCUACCUCAAUGUACUGGUGAACAGUCAGUGGCGGACCUGCUGGUGUCUUAUAAAGAAUGGACAGCUGUGGUUUUACCAAGACAAGGGCAAGAACAAAGUAACCCAACCUGCUGUGACUCUAGAGGGCUGCAAUGUUUUGCCUGACCCCAGCCCAGAGCACCUAUACUCCUUUCGGAUUGACAUGGAUGGCACACAGAUGGCAACUCUAGAGGCUAAGACAUCAGCAGAUAUGGGUCACUGGCUGGGACUCUUGCUGUCACAGACGGGAAGUAAAACAGAUCCAGAGGAGUUGACAUACGACUACGUCAAUGCUGAGAGGAUCUCCACUAUUGUCAAUGCUGCAAGGACUUCUUUAUACUUGAUGCAGAGGAGGUAUUCAGAGCCAAACACCUACAUAGACACCCUACCUUCUAUUUCUCACAACUCUGAUGAUCUGUACGAUGAUGUGGCCUCUAUACCUGACCCAGAGGAUGCUGAGGAGAAUAGCCAGACAAACUGCGAGGGCAACAAUCUCCAGAAAGAUAAUGAAACAUGCUCACAAGACAAUGCCAAGAGCCCACAGGGUACAGAACAAGACUCUGAAAACAGGAUUUACCUAGACCUUGUCCCUGUGCGCUCUUUCCUUCAUACAUCCUCUGGAGGAAAACUUUCCCCUAAAGAAGCUUCGAGACAUUCCCUAAUACCAGCAGAUGACCAGAAGGACUCCUCUUCUCAAGUUAAAGAGGGGACGUCGACUAACAAUACUGAGCCAGAUUCAAUGCCCGCAUUAAAUGGGACAAACUUAGCCUCUGCUACCAGCAAACCAGAACAAGAACGAGCCCAGACUCCCACUCCAUCACAGCCACAAACUCAACCAGUCAAGACCUCAACCCAGAGCCAAGAGACCACUAAGAAGACUAGCCUGGGAAUCACACAGGCCUUCAAUUCCUUUGGUGGACAAAUCCACAAGAGUCCAACAUCUCACACUGCUGCUGCGCGUCCUCACAGCCCACAACCUGCAAGGCCCAAGGCACAUACCAUAGGAUGCCCCGGUGCAGUUGAGAUAAAGCUGGGCAAGAACCGCACAGAGGCAGACAUGCGGCGUUACAUUGACGAGCGCGAUCGUCUGGAGAAAGAGAGGGAGGAGGUGAAAAUCAGUCUGGCAAACCUCAAGAAAGAGAAGAGGGAAAUCAAAGAGGAGCUCAGCACCUGCCAAGAUCCCAAGCAGCAGGCCUCAUUGGAAGCCCGUCUGAAGCAGAAGGAGGAGGCGUGCCGAGAGGCAGAGCAGCACAGGGUGGAGGUGGAGCUACAGUUGGUAGAAGUGAAGGAAAGUCUGAAGAAAGUGGAGUCAGGGCCCUUCACACUGGGAACCACACUGGACAGCAGCCUCCAGGACACGCCGAUGCCUAAGGCAUCAACGAUAGGCUCUCCCCAGGUAUCAUCAUCAUCGUCGUUGUCAUCAUCAUUAUUGUCACCGUCAUCUUCUUCCCAACCCUCCAGCAGCAACGUUAACACAGAUUCAGUUUCCCCGGUCAAUUCUGCGUCUGCUCUUAAAGGCAGACCCACCUCCAUGAUGACCACAAAAGGCAACGUCCUACAGAAAGCUAAGGAAUGGGAAAAGAAAUCAACAACCUAAGAGGAAAUCUUCAUUGACCUCUGAAAUUCAGAAGUUUAUGUUGGUCUAGUCGCCCGUCGCCACAUUCUGACCCACCGAAUGAGCAGACAUUUUAAUCAAGAACCUCCCUUCCCUUGGCCCUUCAACCAAACCAUCACUUUGUCAAGACUAUGAUGAGCCACAGAGGCACACGCCGUGUUCUUGGAUACCACUGGAUUUAAUCUUAAAUUCAAUGACUUUUAAAGUUUGUUUCUAUUUGCAAAGGGAGGAAAGUGAUGAAGUAGCAUUUUGGCCAGUGUAAGAAAUGCAUUAAUGCUACGUUGAAACGUUGAAAUUAAAAACCACUGAAGUACGAGACAGAGGCCCCCUAACUAAAUCAGCCACUCUGUACACAGAUUGUAGCUUGGUUCAUAUAUGCUGGUAGCCAAGAUGUAAAUAUAUUUACACCAUUAUUCAGCCUUUGGGCUUGUAUUGCUAGCUAAAAAUGCACUUUUUAUUCAAAUAAAAAUAUACUGACAAAAAUA